CUCUCUCCCGCCCGCUCCCCAGCGGCCUCCCUCACCCCAGGGCCAGCCUCCGCAGCUCUAGGCGGCAGGGCCUCCCCUCUAGCCCCACCCCUGCCCAAGCAGCCGUCACGUGCAACCAGCCGUGCGCAAAGCGCCUCCACUCGCGAGUGACGGGCGGGAGCGCCCAAUCCACGCCGCGGGCGUCGUCCGCUCUGCCUAUGCGCCGGCUCGCUCGCCCACCGAGGGGGUGGGAUUUCCGCAGCUCCUGUGCCAGCCUGCGCGUUGACGGGCCGAUAGAGAGCGUUAUUAUGGAUUCCGCUUGACCUGCUCUGGGGUCUUUUCGGCGGUUGAUCGAGCCCGCCAGGAAUUUAAUUAAAAUGCUGCUGUCAAUAGGAAUGUUAAUGUUGUCUGCCACUCAGAUUUACACCAUCCUCACAGUUCAGCUCUUUGUUUUUUUAAACCUAUUGCCUGUGGAGGCAGACAUCUUAGCAUUUAAUUUUGAAAAUGCAACACAGACGUUUGAUGACCUGCCAGCAAGGUUUGGCUACAGACUACCAACAGAAGGGUUGAAGGGUUUUCUAAUAAAUUCAAAACCUGAAAAUGCAUGUGAGCCCAUAAAUCCCCCACCUCUGAAGGACAACACUUCUCAUGAAUUCAUUGUGUUAAUUAGGAGACUUGAUUGCAACUUUGAUAUAAAGGUUUUAAAUGCACAAAGAGCUGGCUAUAAAGCAGCCAUAGUUCACAAUGUUGAUUCCGAUGACCUCAUUAGCAUGGGAUCUCAAGACAUUGAUAUUUUGAAAAAGAUUGACAUUCCUUCUGUCUUUAUUGGAGAAUCAUCUGCUAAGUCUCUAAAAGAAGAAUUUACUUAUGAGAAAGGAGGUCAUAUUGUGUUAAUCCCAGAGUUCAGCCUGCCUUUGGAGUACUAUCUAAUCCCUUUCCUAAUUAUUGUGGGGAUCUGUCUCAUCCUUAUAGUCAUUUUUAUGAUCACAAAAUUUGUCCAGGACAGACACAGAGCAAGAAGAAAUCGGCUUCAAAAAGAUCAGCUGAAGAAGCUUCCUGUGCAUAAAUUCAAAAAAGGGGACGAGUAUGAUGUUUGUGCAAUUUGUCUGGAUGAAUAUGAAGAUGGAGACAAGCUCAGAAUCCUUCCUUGUUCGCAUGCAUACCACUGCAAAUGUGUGGAUCCCUGGCUUACUAAAACCAAGAAGACAUGUCCUGUCUGUAAACAAAAAGUGGUUCCUUCCCAGGGGGAUUCAGAUUCUGAAACAGACAGUAGUCAGGAAGAGAACGAAGUCUCUGAAAACACUCCUCUGCUUAGGCCACUUGCUUCUGUUAGCACCCAGUCGUUUGGGGCACUGUCAGAGUCUUAUUCUCAUCCCAACAUGACAGAGUCUUCAGACUAUGAGGAAGAUGACGAUGAUGACAACGAUGAUAUUGACAGCAGCGAUGCAGAAAAUGGAAUGACUGAAGAGAGUGUAGUGGUCCAACUACAGCCCAGUGAUGAACAUGAUUACAGAGUGGCAAAUACCGUUUGAACUUCAGAACAAGUCAUCUUACGUGAACUCCUCUGAGCAGAAAGCUCUGCUCUUAUGUACACGUACAUAGGGGAAGCGCAUUGUGACUUUCUCAUGGGUUCAGCUGAAGCAGCUGUUCAUAUAGUGUUCUACAUAGUUUAAUCUCACUGCAGGUUUCUUUUGUUGUUGUUGCUCAUUCUUUGUCUUUUGAAGACAAGCAUUUUAACUGGAUUCCACAGUGAUAAUAAGUAAUGAGAGGCACCUUCAUAACUUAAAUGACACACUCAGAGAUGUUCCUUGAGUAUCUUAUGAACAUAGUCUUGCCAUAGUCCUGCUUACACUGUAAGGAGCAAUUCUGUUAACACAAUUAUUUAUUACAUGUAUGGUAAGUACUACCUUACAAAUCCAACCAAAAAGUAUACAUCUUUGAGGGAUUUUCCUAGACAACACUGAACGAAUAAGGUAGGCCUGGUCUAUUUAGUAUUCCUCUAUCAAGAGCAUCUCCGACAAAUGAGGGGAAAGAGGGCAUUAAUCUCUGCAGAGAAGCAAUUGGGUUGCCUUCUGCAUUAUCCUUUUGCCCUUGUGAGAAUAGGUGAAAGAAGUUGCAACAUCACUUAAGCUUAAACAACUCCUAAGAAAAAUAAUCAGGGUAACAGAAGUAUUCAUUGGAACACUGUGCAAUAUCAGUUCACCUCAUUUGGAUGGGGACCAAUGCAGAAAUGCAUCAUUAAGCCACACCAUUUAUAGAAACACUGAAUUCUGUGCACGCUGUUAAUUCACCGGGAAGAUAUACCUCUUAAUACAGAGCAUUGGAAGAUGCAUUACUCUGCUAAACUAUGCAUACAGAAAAUCAAACAAAGUAUUGGGUUUGAAAAUGAAUGCAUAUAAAUAUCAAACAGGAUUCUACUUACUGUAUAUCAUGAAAAAGCUGAAUUAUAUACAAUUGUAACUAAAUAGAAAGUAGCCACACUUCUGUAUAAUCAAACUGCAGAGAUGUUUUUCUAUGGCCUUGUACAGGAAGGUUUGAAAGGAUGUUAAUAAACAUGUUUUCCACUUUAA